AAAUGAAAAUUCUUUGAGAAUGAGAAAAGUCGUUACAUGGGAGGUGAUUGUGCUUGAAAAUGGCGGCAAUUGUGACCCUCUAGCGGAUUCCCUGGCCACACUGGCCAGAUAUUCCGAAGUAGCUCGCGAGCAGGUUGAGCAUUUAUUGUUGAAAAAAUAUUCUUUUAGUUACUUUUCCGCGAUGAAUUUGACUGAAUUUGCACAUUUUAUCGCGUGACACCAUUUCCCGAAUAUCAUGAGAUCAUCGUGAGGUGCUUUCUGCAGACGUGCUUUGUGCGAAGACUUGAAGAAAAGUGUCCACAUAAUUGACGCAAAAAUUCGUCAUCGACCGGAAUUUCCCACAAGAUGAAUGGUUUGAAUGAGAAAUUGCAGCAAUUAAAAUUAAAGGGUGAGCAGGAGAAGAGUCCCAAGAGGGUGGGACCACCCAUUCCCCCCAAACCGAAACACCCUAAUCCCAAUUCGAUUGUGGCUGAAGGGGGUGGAAAUCGACAGGGGGUGCAACCAAUUUAUGACAAUGUGAGUCAAAUUAAUACUCUGGAUAAUUCCCUUGUGCUGGAGCAGCAACUGGCUGCACUUGAGCAUCACAAACAAUCACUGGAAGCGCAAAAAUACAGAACUGUCACACCCAGUCCUGGUCCCGAAAAACCAUCCGCCGUUGCUGCGCGCACAGCAGAUGGGGGACUCGUGUACAGCAACAUUGUUCACACAAGAAGCGGAAGUGGACGCGAGGAGAAGAAUGUCUACUCCAACAUUCCCUACAAUCGUUCCACAUCCGAUGACUUUCCGCCACCGCCACCCAUUGAGCUCAACCCAGAUCCCAAUCAUGAGUACACGAGGCAUGUGUCGUCGGAGGAUGAGCUGCCGCCACCACCGAGCCCCGUAAGCUCAUCAUACAGCGAACUACGACGUGCCAUUGAUAGUGGGUACCCCACAAUGGCCACGUAUGCCGGCAUCCAUCCAGCUCACGUGGAGCAGAAUCACAGCAACUUUGCGGGCAUCUAUCAGAAUGAAUAUGGGGCCUAUGCUCCCAUCUCUCAGAAUUCUUCAACUUAUGAAUCAAUCUACGAACCAAUAAAUCCUCGUCCAGCUAGUGAAAUGUCCUCUCGCUCAAAUUAUUCCCUCUAUACGCCGUAUGGGAGUCGCGAGGCUGGUGGGGCUCAUCAUGGGGGCUACAAAGGUGUCCCGAAGGAGGCGGAAGUGGAUGUUCUCACGGAGAUGCUGGUGCAAUCGCUCGAUGGGCAUGCAGAUGCCGACAGCUAUGGGAUUUGCGUCAAGUGCGGCGAUCGCGUGAUUGGGGAGAAUUCCGGGUGCACAGCUAUGAAUCAGAUCUAUCACAUUGAGUGCUUCACGUGCUGCCAGUGUCAGAUUAAUUUGCAAGGAAAACCCUUCUAUGCGGUCGAGGAUAAGCCCUACUGUGAGGAUGAUUAUCUCAAUACCCUCGAGAAGUGCUCUGUGUGCGUUAAGCCCAUUCUUGAAAGGAUUCUCCGUGCCACGGGCAAGCCCUACCAUCCAGGCUGCUUCUGCUGCAUUGUCUGCGGCAAGAGUCUCGAUGGGAUCCCCUUUACAGUUGAUGCCACAAAUCAAAUUCAUUGCAUUGAGGAUUUUCAUAAAAAAUUCGCCCCUCGGUGCUGUGUGUGCAAAUUGCCAAUAAUGCCAGAGCCUGGGAAGGAGGAGACAGUUCGCGUUGUUGCCCUGGACCGAAGUUUCCAUCCAUCGUGCUACAAAUGCGAAGAUUGUGGGUUGCUGCUGUCAUCAGAGGCAGAAGGACGUGGCUGCUACCCCCUCGAUGAUCAUGUUCUGUGCAAGAGCUGCAAUGCCAAAAGAGUUCAGGCGCUUACGAGUCACAUGUCCACUGAACUAUGAAGGAUUUUUCCAACGGUAAGCUAUGGCCAUAUGAAGGAAGAAAAACUAUUAUAUAGCAUAUUCUGCAAGAAACUGCAGAAAAUAGUUCUUCGCUGUUUUAUGUUUUAUUUUUUUUUUCAAAGUUGUUCAUUUUGUUAAAAUGUUGUGCGAUGAGGUGAAAUUUUUAGCUCCAUAUUUUAGCCAUAAAUUGGGCAUUUUUUGGGGGAAGAAAAACAAUAAAAAAAUAAAUAAAUGUCUCGUAGAAAAUAUUACAUUCCAUAAAUGCUGGAUACAUUCUCUCAUUAAGUGUGAAGAAAACACAUUAAAUAAAGAAAAGUCUUUUGUAACAAUAAUGAAAUUUUGCAAUAUUUGUACUCGUGUUUGUACUUAAAUAAAAAAAACUUAAUCCAAUAAAAUGCUAAAAA